GGUUGGAAAAAGAGAAAAAAACGUCCUCACGCACACUAACCUGGAGAUUGUCCACGUUUACAGGCUCCAGACGCCGCUGCCCUGCGCCACAGACACAUCCUCACUCGUGCGUAAAGAGCGCACACAGCCGCAGCCUCCUAACUUAACUUUAUCUGAUUCGACUCUUAACUCAUCCAAGUUUUUCCCAGUGUGUGAGGAUGUUUUCCUGCUGCUGCCUCGUCGUUGUCCUGCUCUGUACGUGGUCCUCCUCGGUGGAGAGUAACCCCAGUCCCGUGUUGGGAGAUGUAGUCGUGGACAAAUCCUUCACCCCCAAAGUCUGCAGCCGGGAGGCGAAGGAAGGGGAUUUCGUGCGCUACCACUACAACGCCACGUUCGUCGACGGGAAAACGUUUGAUUCCAGCCACCAGAGAGGAGCAGCUAAGGUGGGUCUGUUAGGAGAAGGUCGACUCAUCGCUGGUAUAGAUAAAGGCCUGCAGGGCAUGUGUGUGAACGAGCGCAGGAGCAUCACCGUCCCACCUCACCUGGCCUACGGCAGCACCGGCGCAGGUGACGUGGUUCCUCCCGACACCACCCUGGUGUUUGAGAUCCAUCUGUUGGAUGUGUGGAACAAGGCCGACCUGGUCGUCACCAAAACCGUCACCACCCCCAAAGACUGCAAACGCUCUGUGAUGCGCACCGACUUCGUGCGUUACCACUUCAACGGCACCCUGCUCGACGGCAGCGUCUUUGAAUCCAGCUACAACAGGAAGCAGACCCACAACACCUUAGUGGGCGAGGGUUGGCUGGUCAAGGGCAUGGACGAGGGCCUGAUGGGCAUGUGUGUGGGAGAGAUCAGACAUAUCGUCAUCCCACCAUUUAAAGCCUACGGAGAGAAGGGAUCCGGCACAGAGAUCCCCUCCCAGGCGACGCUGGUGUUUGACGUCCUGUUGGUGGACAUUCAUAACUCGAAGGACAACAUCACUUAUGAGAACCAGGUGGUUCCUGAGUCGUGCACUCGCAAGUCCGUCAUCGGGGAUUACAUCCGCUACCACUAUAACGGCACCUUCCUGGACGGACGCACCUUUGAUACCAGCUACCAGAGGAACAGCACGUACAACACCUACAUCGGGAUGGGGUACGUGAUCGCAGGCAUGGACCAGGGCCUGGUGGGAGUCUGCGUCGGGGAGAAGAGGAGGGUCAUCAUCCCUCCACACCUGGCGUACGGAGAGCAAGGAGCUGGUAACAUCAUCCCUCCCUCGGCCGUGCUCGUCUUUGACGUCCACGUCAUCGACUUCCACAACCCCAACGACACAGUGAACAUCCAGGUCACCCACAAACCCGAAGUGUGUAACGACACCACGGCGGAGAACGACCUCGUCCGCUAUAACUACAACUGCUCGCUGAUGGACGGCACGCUGCUCUUUUCCUCACACAGCUAUGAGAACCUUCAGGACGCGGUGCUGGGCGCAGAAAAAGUGAUCGACGGGCUGGACAGCGGUCUGCGCGGCAUGUGCCUGGGGGAGAGGAGGGUUGUGACGGUGCCCCCCCACCUCGGCCACGGAGAGAAAGGAGCCACUGGUGUGCCGGGCAGCGCUGUGCUGGUCUUUGAAAUUGAGCUGGUGAGCUUCGAGAAGGGAGUCCCCCCUGGUUACCUGUUCGUGUGGCUCGCACACACUCCUGCAAACCUGUUCGAAGCUCUGGACGCCAACAAGAACGAGGAGGUUCCACAGGAAGAGUUUGGGGAGUUCAUCAAGCUGCAGGUCGCCGAGGGCAAAGGUCGUAUCAAGCCCGGUCUGACUAUGGAGCAGGUCGUUGUCGACAUGUUUGAAAACCAGGACCGAAAUAAAGACGGAGUGAUCACGGCCGACGAGCUGAAACUGAAGGUGGAGGAGGACAAGGAGCGGGAAGAUAUGAAGCACGAGGAGCUGUGAUGAUGAGGAGGAGGACAGAUCUUUUUUACAUACUCUCUCAGGGAGAUACCAACACCUUUUAAAAAAAAUUAAAAAAAAAAAAAAGAAGAACAUCAACGAGAGACUUUUCCCAAACAGGUUUUAUUGUUGGACAGUUUUUGAAAUGACAAGAACAAAGUGCAAGUGAUCUUUUUGCAGAGUUUUGUGUUGUAUGAGUGUUUUUGUUUGAGAGUUGGAUUCCAGAAAACUGAACAAGCACCUUUUUAAUUUUCCUGAAUUCACGUGAAUUAAAAUGUAAGAAAACAA